AUGGAGCACAGGGACAGGGAGCACAGGGACAGGGAGCACAGGGACAGGGAGCACAGGGACAGGGAGCAGAGGGACAGGGAGCACAGGGAGCACAGGAUGGAGCACAGGGACAUGGAGCACAGGGACAGGGAGCACAGGGUCAGGGAGCACAGGGACAGGGAGCACAGGGACAGGGAGCACAGGGACAGGGAUCACAGGGACAGGGAGCACAGGGACAGGGAGCACAGGGACAGGGAGCAUAGGGACAGGGAUCACAGGGACAGGGAUCACAGGGACAGGGAUCACAGGGACAGGGAGCACAGGGACAGGGAGCACAGGGUCAGGGAGCACAGGGACAGGGAGCAUAGGGACAGGGAUCACAGGGACAGGGAGCACAGGGACAGGGAGCACAGGGACAGGGAUCACAGGGACAGGGAUCACAGGGACAGGGAGCACAGGGACAGGGAGCACAGGGACAUGGAGCACAGGGACAGGGAGCACAGGGACAGGGAUCACAGGGACAGGGAUCACAGGGACAGGGAUCACAGGGACAGGGAGCACAGGGACAGGGAGCACAGGGUCAGGGAGCACAGGGACAGGGAGCAUAGGGUCAGGGAGCAUAGGGACAGGGAGCACAGGGACAGGGAGCACAGGGACAGGGAUCACAGGGACAGGGAGCACAGGGACAGGGAGCACAGGGACAGGGAGCACAGGGACAGGGAUCACAGGGACAGGGAUCACAGGGACAGGGAGCACAGGGACAGGGAGCACAGGGACAUGGAGCACAGGGACAUGGAGCACAGGGACAUGGAGCACAGGGACAGGGAGCACAGGGACAUGGAGCACAGGGACAUGGAGCACAGGGACAGGGAGCACAGGGACAGGGAGCACAGGGACAGGGAGCACAGGGACAGGGAGCGCAGGGACAGGGAGCACAGGGACAGGGAGCAGAGGGACAGGGAGCACAGGGACAGGGAGCACAGGGACAUGGAGCACAGGGACAGGGAGCACAGGGACAGGGAGCACAGGGACAGGGAGCACAGGGUCAGGGAGCACAGGGACAGGGAGCACAGGGACAGGGAGCACAGGGACAGGGAGCACAGGGACAGGGAGCACAGGGACAGGGAGCACAGGGACAUGGAGCACAGGGACAUGGAGCACAGGGACAGGGAGCACAGGGACAGGGAGCACAGGGACAGGGAGCACAGGGACAGGGAGCACAGGGUCAUGGAGCACAGGGACAUGGAGCACAGGGACAGGGAGCACAGGGACAGGGAGCACAGGGACAGGGAGCACAGGGACAGGGAGCACAGGGACAGGGAGCACAGGGACAGGGAGCACAGGGACAGGGAGCAUAGGGACAGGGAGCACAGGGUCAUGGAGCACAGGGACAGGGAGCACAGGGACAGGGAGCAUAGGGACAUGGAGCACAGGGACAGGGAGCACAGGGUCAUGGAGCACAGGGUCAUGGAGCACAGGGACAUGGAGCACAGGGACAGGGAGCACAGGGACAGUGAGCACAGGGACAGGGAGCAUAGGGACAUGGAGCACAGGGACAGGGAGCACAGGGACAGGGAUCACAGGGACAGGGAGCACAGGGACAGGGAGCACAGGGACAGGGAGCACAGGGACAGGGAGCACAGGGACAGGGAGCACAGGGACAGGGAGCACAGGGACAUGGAGCACAGGGACAGGGAGCACAGGGACAGGGAUCACAGGGACAGGGAUCACAGGGAGCACAGGGACAGGGAGCACAGGGACAUGGAGCACAGGGACAGGGAUCACAGGGUCAGGGAGCACAGGGACAUGGAGCACAGGGUCAGGGAGCACAGGGACAUGGAGCACAGGGACAGGGAGCACAGGGACAGGGAUCACAGGGACAUGGAGCACAGGGACAGGGAUCACAGGGACAGGGAGCACAGGGACAGGGAUCACAGGGACAGGGAGCAUAGGGACAGGGAUCACAGGGACAGGGAGCAUAGGGACAGGGAUCACAGGGACAGGGAUCACAGGGACAGGGAUCACAGGGACAGGGAGCAUAGGGACAGGGAUCACAGGGACAGGGAGCACAGGGACAGGGAGCACAGGGACAGGGAUCACAGGGACAUGGAGCACAGGGACAGGGAUCACAGGGACAGGGAGCACAGGGACAGGGAUCACAGGGACAUGGAGCACAGGGACAGGGAUCACAGGGACAGGGAGCACAGGGACAGGGAUCACAGGGACAGGGAGCACAGGGACAGGGAGCACAGGGACAGGGAGCACAGGGACAUGGAGCACAGGGACAGGGAGCACAGGGACAGGGAGCACAGGGACAGGGAGCAUAGGGACAGGGAUCACAGGGACAGGGAUCACAGGGACAGGGAGCACGGGACAGGGAGCACAGGGACAGGGAUCACAGGGACAUGGAGCACAGGGACAUGGAGCACAGGGACAUGGAGCACAGGGGACAUGGAGCACAGGGACAUGGAGCACAGGGACAGGGAGCACAGGGACAGGGAGCACAGGGACAGGGAGCACAGGGACAUGGAGCACAGGGACAGGGAGCACAGGGACAGGGAGCACAGGGACAGGGAGCACAGGGACAGGGAUCACAGGGACAGGGAGCACAGGGACAGGGAGCACAGGGACAUGGAGCACAGGGACAGGGAGCACAGGGACAGGGAGCACAGGGACAUGGAGCACAGGGACAGGGAGCGCAGGGACAGGGAGCACAGGGACAGGGAUCACAGGGACAGGGAGCACAGGGACAGGGAGCACAGGGACAGGGAGCACAGGGUCAGGGAGCACAGGGACAGGGAGCACAGGGACAGGGAGCACAGGGACAGGGAGCACAGGGUCAGGGAGCACAGGGACAGGGAGCACAGGGGACAGGGAGCAUACAGGGACAGGGAGCACAGGGACAGGGAGCACAGGGACAGGGAGCACAGGGACAGGGAUCACAGGGACAGGGAUCACAGGGACAGGGAGCACAGGGACAGGGAGCACAGGGACAGGGAGCACAGGGACAGGGAGCACAGGGACAGGGAGCACAGGGACAUGGAGCACAGGGACAGGGAGCACAGGGACAGGGAUCACAGGGACAGGGAGCAUAGGGACAUGGAGCACAGGGACAUGGAGCACAGGGACAUGGAGCACAGGGUCAUGGAGCACAGGGACAUGGAGCACAGGGACAGGGAGCACAGGGACAGGGAGCACAGGGACAGGGAGCUAGGGACAUGGAGCACAGGGACAGGGAGCACAGGGUCAUGGAGCACAGGGACAUGA